GCGGCUGUUGGUAGUAGGCCUAGUUGUGAGGUGUAUUCGUUACAUGAGACUGUAUACGUGUUGCACCACGAAGUUGCAUAGCAUACAUAUUCGAUAUUUUUAAUCUCUGUUAAUACUUUCGUACUUAAAGCUAAAUAUUUCAAAUUUGAUUUAAAUAGCUAUUUUUUUUCUUUCUAAUUUAUAUUUGUUAGACCAAAACGUUCUGCACGUCAGACAUUGUUGGCGAAGCUAUUUCUACUACUACUAGUAAUUCACCGGCCACUGCAACUUUACUGAAUACGGCACGACAUUCCUUGAGCACGGCAUUCUAUAAGCGACAUGGCGGAACCAGUCUCUGUGGACUUUCGUAAAGACCCGGAAUUGAAAUACCUUGUUGUUGACAGAAAUGUUGGGAUAAACGAUCCCACUAUCCAGGCAGAGUGGACAUCCAAAAAAUUGAUUUGGAUACCCCACGAACAACAAGGAUUCGUUUCAGCGAGCAUCAAAGUGGACAGAGGAGAUGAGCUGGAAGUAGAAAUCGUGGAGACAAGUAAAAGAUGCGUGGUGAAUAAAGAUGAUGCCCAAAAAAUGAAUCCUCCAAAAUUUAGCAAAGUCGAAGACAUGGCAGAAUUAACAUGCCUUAAUGAAGCAUCUGUCCUACAUAACUUGAAAGAUCGAUAUUAUUCUGGUUUGAUAUAUACUUACUCUGGCUUGUUCUGUGUGGUUGUAAACCCUUACAAGAAGCUCCCGAUCUACACAGAGAAAGUGAUUGAUCUGUACAAGGGCAAGAAAAGACACGAAGUUCCUCCCCACAUCUUCGCUGUUACCGAUGGAGCGUAUCGAAGCAUGUUACAAGAUCGAGAGGAUCAGUCCAUCCUAUGCACAGGCGAGUCCGGAGCAGGGAAAACAGAAAACACUAAAAAAGUUAUACAGUACCUUGCCUACGUAGCAUCAUCCAAGCCACGAUCAACCACUGCAGCACUGCAUACGGCACAGUUACCACCUGAUGUGUUUCUCCAG